GUCGUCUAACAAUCAGAGGCUUUAAGAAGAGUUUCAAGUUUUCUUCCUCUAGAUAUUUUUUCUCGGACCCAUCAGAUGAACUGCCUACAGAAUCUCCCAAGAUCCUCAGCUUCAGCGUUGCUCAGCUUCAGGGGAAAUGAGAGAAGCGCUCCUUUGGAUUCCGUGAAGAUGCUGGGAAUGAUCAAAGCUGCUGAUCCUAGUCUACGAGUCGUUGUGAAGGCAGUUUCAGGCUCAAAAUCCAGCUCAGAGAUGAGCGAUGUCUCCAAGGAAGAAGAGAAGUCUGAAGUAUACAGCCAUAACAUGACAGAGGCUAUGGGUGCUGUUCUUACUUAUAGGCACGAGUUAGGAAUGAACUACAACUUCAUUCUGCCAGAUUUGAUUGUUGGAUCGUGCUUACAGACCCCUGAAGAUGUUGAUAAGCUUCGUACAAUUGGAGUUAAGACCAUAUUCUGUUUGCAGCAAGAUCCAGACUUGGAAUAUUUCGGAGUAGAUAUAACCAGCAUUCGAACAUAUGCUAAGAAUUGUGGUGACAUCGAACAUAUCCGUGCUGAAAUAAGAGAUUUCGAUGCAUUUGACUUGAGGAUGCGUCUUCCAGCCGUGGUUAGUAAAUUAUACAAGGCUGUAAAUCGGAAUGGAGGCGUCACAUAUGUGCACUGUACUGCUGGUCUUGGAAGAGCUCCUGCUACUGCGAUGGCAUACAUGUUCUGGGUGCUAGGCUAUAACCUUAUGGAAGCUCACAGAUUACUUACAAGCAAACGGUCAUGCUUCCCAAAGUUGGAUGCCAUUAGAGGUGCAACAGCUGAUAUUCUUACAGGACUAAAAAAGAGUACCAUUACUCUGUCAUUGAAAGACGAGGGGUUCUCAAGAGUGGAAAUUUCGGGCCUUGACAUAGGAUGGGGACAGAGGAUACCCCUAAAACUUAAAGAGGAAACAGGCAUAUGGAGUUUGAAGAGAGAACUGCCUGAAGGACGGUAUGAGUACAAAUACAUCAUAGAUGGUGAAUGGAUACACAACAAGCUCGAGCCUUUUACACCUCCUAACGACGAUGGGCAUGUCAACAACUACGUGGAAGUAGUCGAUGAAGAUCCAACGGGUGUGGAAGCUGUAACUCGGAAGAGAUUAUUGAGCGAAGAUCCAGAGUUGCUGGAGGAUGAACGGCUGAAACUGAUACAGUUUUUAGAGGCAUAUCCUGAAGAAGGUUGAAAGUGAAAGCACAUCUACAUAUUCUCAGACCUACCAUUUAAAAAAAUGUAAUAAUUGUGCCACAAAAUUCUCUGUCAAUGUGGCAAUUAUAUGAAAUCAGAAGCCGAUCCCAUCUGGAUGUAGUUUACGGACAUGAAUAUGUAUACAACAUAGUAUCUCAUGCACAUACAUAUGUAAAAAGAUUGUGGUUUCUUAUA